AUGCCUGUCACAACCAGAGCUUCGUCAGCUACUCCAUCUAGUAAAGAACAACUAGGUACUCAGUCUAAAAUAUCAGGUUUUUUUUAUGCUCAAAAGAAAACGCGUGGUAAUCAAAAGAAGAUUCAUGAUGCUUCUCAAUCUCCAAUGAAUUCUGGUAUUUCUGAUUUAAAGAGAUCUUCUACUCCUGAACCAUCAUAUUCACCUGUCAAAAAACCUACACCGGAGAAAGUCGAAAAGGUUAUUAGUAUAAAUGACAAACCAAAAAGUAUUCGUCGACGUAUUAAUUUUGACUUUUACAGUUCAGACAAAAUUGAUUUACCUAAAAUUUCUGAAGAAAAAUUUGAAUUGAUAGUGGAAGAAAAAAAACUUAGUGAAUUAAUAGAAACAGGUGAAAAAAAAAUUAUCUCUGAUGAAGAACAUGUUAAAAGUCCAUCAUCAAAGAAACAAGUACACGGAGAAAAGAUUUUAUUGAAAGGAGUAUCUUCCACUGAGAAAAUUAAAGAGAUUACUCAAUUGAUGAAAACAAAUUCGACUGUUAAAACAAAAUUAAAAAAAAAUGUUAAAAAUCUACAGGAGUAUCAUGAAUUAUUAGCUAAAAAAGGUAGUAUUAAAAAACUUGUUGAACAAGGGAAUGCUAUUAAAGCUGCUACAGUCAUCGAAAAGAAAACAUUAAUAUUGUCACCAAAGAAAUGUGCUGUAGUAAAAAAAACAAUUCCUUCUCUUGCUUCGUCAUCAACUACAUUUGUUGAUAGACUUAAUAAUUUAAAGCCCAAGUCAGACAAUAGUUUAGACUAUCAAGUUGCUGAUAGACCUUUGAAUUCAUUGUCAUAUGGUAAAACUGCUGGUUUAAAUCAGGAAAUUAAAGAUGUCUCUGAGAAGGAACUUCCAGGACAAUUAGGAAAAUUACUUGAAAUAUUUGAAUCAACAGACAGAAUAUUUGCCUUACAAUCGUCUCAUAACAAAAGAAGUGCUUUGGAUGAUAUUAUUGAUGCUGUUAAGAAGAAGUUAAACAAGACCGUUUUAAUAAAACAUUACGCUCAAAUAUUGUAUCUUUAUAAACAAUCAUAUAAAAUUACUCUUGAAAAGCCUCACAAUCCUCUUGGAAUGUUUAAACAUAAAUCAAGCAAAGAAGAAUAUGUUAUUGAACCUAAUCUUGAAGACGAUCUCACUGGAUAUUGGACUCCAUCGACUCCUCCAUGUAUUAAAUCUACCAAGAUCGACUACACACCAACAAAAUUGAUAUCUCCAGUAAAAGGAACUUCAAGAAGAUCUCCAUCUAAAAAAUUACUUAGUACACCUGUCAAAAAUCAAAUAGAAGCUAUUACUCAACCAAGAUUAGAACCUUGGAGAUUAAUUUGUAGGCGAAAAAUUCUCAAAUAUCUUUUAUACAAAUUUUUAAUGAAUAAGCAUGAUGAAUUUUUAAAAACAAAAGGAAUUGUUUUAACUUCUGAACAUAAAAAUAGAUUAAAGAAAUUUCAUCCUGAUUUUGUUGUUGAGGCUGCUGAUGAUGUACCUGAAUUUGAAUUACCAAAACCAGCUGUAAUAAAUGAUGAUGUAACAAAGAAAACUGUCAAGGACUAUUUUGAUUCUAUAGAAACUUCACCAAUAAAAUUACCAGAUAGUGUUUUGAAGACUGUAGAAAUUUUAAAAAGUCCUGAGAAAAAAGCUUUAUUGAUGAAUAAGAAAGGAUCUGUACCGUUAACUCCAACUAAGUUUAAAGAACAAAAACAAGAGAUUAAGUCUGGAAAUAAGUUAUCUCUUUUAGAAAGAAUUAAAUUAAAAGAAGAACAUAAAAAGAGAUUAGCAAUGUUAAGGGAUCCCGAAAAUGAAGCAAGACAAGAGAAAUUAGAAAAGUUGGAAAAAAGUUUUUUAAAACACGUUUCAGCUUAUUAUGGUAUCAAAAGGUGUACUUCAGUUUCUAUUGAUGAGCUGACAGACAAACUUAUUUAUAGCAUGAAAAGUAUAAAUAGAGAUCAAUGUAUGGAUUUAAUAACUUUUGUCUGUGAAAUAGCUCCUGAUUAUUUCACAAUAAAUGUCGUUAGAGGGAAAAAAUAUUUAAAAAUGGCAUCAACAUCUUUAAAUCAGUUAAUGGAUAUUGUCAAAAAAGAAAUGGACAUAUGUAGAAGUAAAAGUAAAAUAAUUUAUCAUAAUAAUAAAUUUCGAUUUUAUUUUUUCCUAGUUUUAUGGUAA